UCUCCAACAUAAUGAAGUAUGAUAAGAGACUGGAUGCCAUUAUAGUCUUUAUCAGGGUAUGUAAUAAGUCUUAAGACUCUUGAAUUAAGGCUUAAUAAUAAGACUCUUAAUAAGACUUUUGACUUAAGACUCUUCUUGUAAUAAGACUCUCGACUUAAGGUAUGUAAUAAGAUGAAGAGGCCGUAAUAUAUACAUCUCAUGUGACUUGAAAACCUCACACAACAUACACACAAAAAAAUGAAUUCAGGUGUUCUGCAGGGCUCUGUGCUCACCUCACAAACAAAGACUCAAAAGACCUCAAAAGCUAUCUUCCAGCCUUUGCAAAAGACAUUUCGCUUAAGAUUUUACCACUAUAUGAAGAGUUUACUGGUUUCAUUUUAUAACUCACAUAGGUGGCGGGCACAAGAGGUCACGCCCAUAUUUUUAAAUCACAGUUUUAAUCCUGAGACUUUAUAUUUAAUCACAUAUUCAGACUUUCCUCUCAAACUUAAUCUUGUAUAACCAUGGGAAUUGAGGUUUUAGCUUUUAUCAAUAUGAAACUUUGUUGACUCAGACUUGAAGCUUUCACGGGUAGCUCACCACUUCCAGGAAGUGGUACACUGAGGAACUGCUUGAGACGCUUUAUUACAAACAUUGGCAUUUAGCCUAUGCACAAAACUCAAGUAUAAGUAAGUAUAUCGUUUUUUUUUACAUUAAGUGACUUUGUCAUCGUCGAUUCGCGCGAGUCUCCGCGCGUCAGGAUUUGGAUAAAGUGAACUGACAUGAAUGAAUCGCGUGAGAUCAAAACUGAAACGUUUGAAUGAACGCGCCACAGUUUGACGAUAAGUAUGAAUUAUUUCCAUGUAAUAUUGUGAUGGCUUCCUCAACCGAGAAACCCCGCAUUUCAGGAGCAGAGGAGAAGCAGACUGUGAAGGCCCGGCUCCUGUCUUCACAGAUGCUCCUGGUGGAUGCUCUUUAUCACUUGAGCCCUCUGCUAGACUGUGUUAUAUCUGCAGGUCUGCUCUCUAGAGAAAACUGUUAUGAAAUUGAAGCUGAACGAACGCCACCCAACAAAGUCCGAAAGCUUCUAGAGAUUAUUGAUGCUCAGAUGGAUGAAAGUGGAGCCUCUAGUUUCAUGGAGUGUCUGAGAAAAUGCAAGAAACAUUACCCGCGUCUACGAACCUGGUUAACCUCAGAGGAAGAUCACUUCCAACCAACAGGCAUUACGCAAGGUCCAACAGGUAAUACCGUCUCAGCGUUUUCACGUUUACUUAAUGUAAUUGUCUGCCAGCCCUCACCAUUUUCUUGUCUCCAUGCAGAACGUCAACUACAGGUGCAGUUUAAUGUUUUGUGCUCACGCUUGGGCUGUUCUGUUCUGCCGGUCUCCUUCGAUCUCUUCUCCAGAGCCAUUCUGACUCAGCUGGAGCUGGAGAAAAUCCAAGCAAUACUCAUCCCAACACAGCAAGCACAAACCCUGCUGUCCAUCUGCCUGAAGAAAGGAGAAAAAGCAUGCAAGAGCUUUUACACAGCGCUAAAGAAUGAAGACGAGCAGCUAGCUGAGGAACUUAAUGUGAAAUGUUUGGUGGAAGACCUUGAUAAAAAGCCUGAAAGCAGCAUUGUGCCGAUAGCAGUGGAGGAAACCAGAGGUCACUUGAUGGCUUUCCCUCUGUCAGGAGGCCUGCAGCAGGUCAUGACUCGACUGGGCUUGACUGUGGGGGAUGAGAUUAGGUUUAAUGUCUGUGAGGUUGGUGUGGCUGUAGGUUUGCCGCGUCGGACUGUCAGAGAGUAUUUUCUGGAAGGGGUUGGCAUUGAAGACUCGGCCCAGCUGGAGGCUCUAGUGUCCCUGUAUAUAGAGAAGACAAAGGAUGCUGAGAGACUACUGAGCAGAGUGGCAGAACUCAGCCCUCGAUGGGUCCAGCUUUCAGAGAGGGGGUGCCUGCUGUUGAGACUGCUGCAAAAAGCCGAGACUCUUCUCCGCAGCGGUAUCCACAGUCACCGGCACGGCUGGGACCACCUUCACGAUCAGGACCAAUUACGCAGCUGGGACCACCUGUGUCCUGAAGACUGCACAGAUCAGCGCACCGUGUGGGCCAUCUUCAGCUUUCUGGUGUGGGACUGCAUGGCAGAGGUUCUGGAAGAGCCGGAGGCGAAGCCUAGCGGAGGCAUACUAGGCAUGAUCGAGCAGCUGAGCGCCAGCGGCAGAGUGGAGGCCGCUUUGUUGCAGGAAGUGGAGCAGUGCUGGACCGAAGGGGAUGCAGAGAGUCUGCUGCAGAGUGUCAGAGUUCUUGCUCAGGUGCUAAGAGACCUUCAUCCCCUCCAGGAAGGCCUCCAGCUGUCCUCUUCAGUUGAAGGCUUGUUUUCCUGCAGGCCCAGCAGGCUACACCGGGUCACUUCCUUCCAGGGCGUCUCUGCGCGGGUCAUCCGUAGAGCUCUAAGCAGCAUGGUUCCAUCCUCCUCAGACCAGGACACAACUCCUCUUGCUAGACAGCACAUGGAGGCAUGCGUUCGUAUCGCACGUCUCCUAGAUGUCGUGCAGCCCAAACGAACCACCGUUGACUUUUCAAAUGCGCCCACUGCUACGGUCAUCCAGCAUGUGCAGUCUGUCUUAUCAAAUCCUGCUUUUAACUCUGAAGCCUUUGACGCGGGAGUUCGCCAUCGCUUGCUUUCAGUGUUGGAGUUCAAUCCUGCACAGCUGGGAUUGGGCUCUCUCAUGCAGCUCCACCAGGAGACCCUAUCCGAAUUCCAAACAUACUUACAACUCGGCGAGCACCACAACUUCCAGUUUAUUCUCGAAUCGGUACGGAUACUCGGAACGGCAAAGCUGUUUUCUGUCAGCAGGGUUCAUGGGCCUGUCGCCAUUGACAAUGGUGUGGAGGAGGUCAUUCGUUUUAUCACGUCAGAACCCACUUCAUUCCUUGUACGAUUGCACUGUCUUUGUUAUGAAGAGGGAAGGGGGCGCUUCAAGGUGUGCACGCCGCGUUGUGCAUGUAUGUAUCUGCUCAAAGCAGAAGGGUUGCGUGACAUGCAGUGGUGCGGUGGCAAUGUUUUGGCUGAGAUGGAUGGGAAAGUGUGGGUUAGAGAGGGAGAAAGUAAUGGCUGGGAUGAGCUACAGACGUUGGCUCAGAGACACUCUGCUCAGCUCAAGGAUGAAGGAUGCUGCUUCAAGGUCAAGACCUCAGGGUUGGAGUGUGAGGUCAAAUUUAUAUACAGGAGUGGAAGGCUAUGGGCUACACCACAUAGGGAUUGUGAAGUAGAUUAAAGUACAGGUAGUUGAAACGAUGCUGCAGUGACAAAUGGUAGCUGUACAAAUUGAAAUUGGGUAUUGAAAUGGAAACACGCCAAUUUCACAAAAACUGCCAAAUAUCGUUUUUAUGUUUUACGUUUUUAUGCUUGCAUGAGGCAAUACAAAAAAAAUUGUAUUUUGCAAAACUGUAAUGGAAACAGUUUUUCUGUAUUUACAGGUCACCUGGUGUAAAAAAAAAAAAAAAAAGUCACAUGAUCAUUCUUUAAUGUAGUAUAAUCUCCAAGAAACACCUCAAAAGUGGCCGCUCUCAAGUAAAAAGGGCUUUCCUUGCCAUUAAUGCAUAAUAUACCCUUAUUAUGGCCAAGAAACGGUCACCAGAGCUGAUCAUGGCCACUCUAAUCAUGUGAGUCUGUGCUUGUGUUUAUACCAGGUGCGUCACAGCAAGCUACCCACAAUGCUUCGCAAAAGAUACACGCCUACUUCUCCUUUGAUUAAACCUAAGCCUAGUGUAAGGUAGUGUACAGUACCUACCUAAACCAGCUAGUGUCACAUGCUGGAUUUCAUUUAAAAGUAUUUUAAAGUUUUGUCCCUCAAAUUUUUAUCAUCUUACAGUACAAAAAGUAUUGAGAAAAAUCCCUCUCUCCCUCUUUCUCUCUCUAUUUAAAUACACACACAUCAUGGCCACAGAUUAAAAAUUUGCUCUCUUGGUUUAGAUAAAUCACAGCAAAUAAAUGAGAAUUUUUUUCCCACCAUUUUACUAAAAAGAGAGAACAAAUUCUUAACUCUUUGCUACAAUAAAUACAUUUUUGUUUGCAUUUUAAGUGCAGGGCUCCAUAAAAUAGAAAAAGAGCAAGUACAUUAAAUACCACAAAUUUGAAAUUAAAGUGUGAAAAAUUAUAUUUGUGCAGUAUUGUGCUCAAUAUACUAAAGCAUACUGAGGUUUUAUUAUUUGCAUAUCAUAUCAACUCUUGUUUGGUGAUUUACAUGGUACUGUGCUAUUGAAAAAGUUAGGAAUUAUUUACAGAACACUUUAUUAGCAUGUCAGUGUUACAAACUGAACAUUGUUUGAACAUUUAUUGUAGUUAUGAAAUGUUAAUUCCAACUGUUUUACAUUUUCGGCUGUUUUGCUUUUUCACUUCUGAAAAUCGGAAAACAAUGCAUAUAAUAAAAGUUAUCUAAAAAAAA